AUGGCACCCCUGAGCAAGCUCGUGGGGCCUAGGUUUGGGGUUUCGGAUGCCACAAAGCGGGCCCUGAAAGCCCUCUUUGUCACGCUCAGCAUGGCGGGGCAGGGUCGGAGUGCAGGGGUCCGAGAGGAAAAGCUGAAAUCUGACAUCGGAGAGUUUGUGGUUUUGUCGGCCCAGGGUGUGCACCUCGGCCCCGGGUGUGCAGUCGGCCCGGGUGUGCAGCUCAGUGGCCGCUGCCUUGGAAGCCGGAGCCACACGGCCUAUGUUCCCAAGCGGGAACCAGCCACGGCUGCACACAGCGCAGCUGGGAGGGUCAAGAAACAAAAACAUGACCCUGAAAGGGAACAGAAGUUGAAGGAAGCAGCUGUGCGCCUCCUGAGACGCCACCUGAGCCUGAGUGACCUUCUGCUCCAGGUCGAAGGUCCGCCACGUAAAAAACUGUGUCUUGGUGAACUGAUUGACUGUGACAGCCCUGAGGCCUACAGUGGUCAUUCCAGUUCACUGAUAGGCUCUGCGUUGCAGGAUCAGGCCUGGCAGCUGAGGGUUCCUGUGGGAACCCUGUCGGCGAGGGUGGUUGCCUCCAGCCUGGAGCAGACCUGUGCAGCCCCGGAGGGGCCCACACGCCCUGUGCUGCUGGACUCCGAGCAGAGAGAGAAACUGUCCUCCCUGUUGGAAAUUGCCAAGCACUUACUGGCACACGGCAAGCUCUCCCGGCUCACCUUCUGUGAAGAAUUAUGGAAAGUUCAGGACUGCCUGGUGCUCGAGGCCCUGUGGCGUCUUCAUGCAGAGAGUGUCGUGAGCCUUCAGGAGCUGCUGGAAAGCCAUCCCGACUCCCGGGCCUUGGUGGCGUGGCUCUGCAGGAAGCUGGGCCUUCUGUGUGAGCAGGUGGACGCGUCCUGCCCGUACGCCGACAUCGCCGGGGCUGUUCUUGCUGGUUUUGUGCAAGUGUUUGUUUUGAGCGCAUUUCAGUACAGCCCAGACCCGAGGACAGUUGUGGAGCCUGAAAAGAUGCCCCAGGUCGCUGCCGAGGUGCUGCAGAGGAUGCUGAGCUCUGCCCUUGAUGCCCUGGCUGCUGGUGUGCAGGAGUCUUCGUCAUACAAGGCCGUGAGGGGCUGGCUCGGCGUGUUCAGCACACACGUGUACAGCGGUAUAAUUCCAGCGGAGACGCCCAAGCGCUUUUGCAGUCACUCCCUGACACAGAUCCUUACCCACAGCCCCGUCCUGAAAGCAUCUGAUGCAGUUCAAAGGCAGCACGAGUGGAGCUUUGCCAAGACCCAGCCCCUGCUCGCAGCUCUGUACCGCAGGCUCUUCGUGAUGCUGAGCCCAGAGGAGGUGGUUGGCCACCUGCAGGAAGUCCUCGAGACACAGGAGGUCCACUGGCAGCACGUGCUGUCCUGCGUGUCCGCCCUGGUCAUCUGCUUUCCGGACGCCGUUCAGCUGAUCCACGACUGGGUGGCCCGUCUGAUGGCGCGCGCGCUGCAGAGCUGCCAUGUGGACAGCAUCGUCACUGCGUUCCUGGUCGUGCGCCAGGUGGCGCUGGAGGGCCCUUCUGCUCCCCUAUCCUACGCCGACUGGUUCAAGGCGUCUUUCGGGAGCACACGUGGCUGCCAUGGCUGCAGUAAGAAGGCGCUGGUCUUCCUCUUCAAGUUCCUGUCGGACCUCGUGCCCUUCGAGGCCCCUCGGUACCUGCAGGUGCACAUCCUCUACCCCCCGCUGGUUCCAGACAAGUACCGCUCCCUCCUCACCGACUACGUCUCGCUGGCCAAGACGCGGCUGGCUGACCUCAAGCUUUCUGUAGAAAACAUGGGGCUCUACGAGGACCUGUCGGCCGUUGGGGACGUCACAGAGCGCAGCGGCAGGAGCUGCCGUGGGAGCGCUGAGGCCGCCCUGUGCCUGUGCCUGUGUUCCAGCAUCUUCAGGAGGCCCUACUACCUGUCCCACUUCCUGCCGGCCCUGCUGUCGCCGCGAGUGCUGCCGAGCGUCCCGGAUCCCCGUAUGGCUUUUAUAGAGUCUCUGAGGAGAGCAGAGAAGAUCCCGCCCAGCCUCUACUCCAGCUACUGCCAGGCCUGCUGCACCGCCGCACACGUGCAGCCGCACGGUGCAGCCCCAGAAGCGAGGGCAGACCCUGACUGUGCUGAGGGACCCCUGGGACCACUCACGGCCGCACUGGGAGAGCUCCGAGCCGCGAUGGCAGACCCCACCCGUCACGAAGCUGUCCCUGCACACAUGGCCAUGAUUGCUGGGAGAGUGUACACCGCCCUGGGCCGCAGUGAGGACGACGGCAGCGUGGAGAGCCCCGCGAUCCAGCUAGACGUCCUUGCUCCCAGCCUCGUGCCACAGGACCAGGAGGUCGUGGACCUGCUGCUCACGUCUUUCUGCCAGAACCUGAUGGCCGCCUCUAGCUUCGCACCCCCAGAGAGGCAGGGCCCUUGGGCGGCCCUUUUCACCCGGACCCUGUGUGGGCGAACGCUGCUGCCGUCAGCUCUGCCUCCUUCCCCCUCACUUCAGGGCCCGAGCCUCCGUGCCCCCCAUGUGCUGGGGCUGGCCGCCCUGGCUGCCCACCUGGGUGCCUCCCGCUCUGUGCUCCCGGAGGUGGCCGUGGGCCCUGCUCCCAUUAGACGCCUGCCUGCUCCGGACCUCUUCGACCACCUCCUGACCUGGAGUACCCGGGAGUCCUGGCUGUUCUGCCUCAAGUUCUGCACAGCAGCCAUCUCUUACUCUCUGUGCAAGUUCUCGUCCCAGGUCCCCGCCGUGCCCUGCUGUCUCUCUCCAGGCCUCGUGAAGAAGUUUCAGUUCACUGUGUUCAGAUUGUUCUCCGAGGCCCGAGAAUCUCUGUCUCGGGAGGAUGUGGCCGGCCUUGCCUGGAGCCCCUUGUACCUUCCUUCUGUGGACUGGCAGAGAGGUGCCCUCUCUCUGUGGAGACAGAACACUUUCCAAGAGCUGCUGAAAGAGAAGGCAUUUCAGCUGGCGUUCAGGGACUGGCUGCGGCUGGAGCUGGAUGUGGCCCCGGGAGCCGACCCCCUCUCGGAUGCAGAACGACAGGACUUCCAGCAGUGGGCAGUCCACAGGUGGCUCCUGUCUGUGCCCUCUGCUUCCGGCAGCUGCGGAGACCUGGAGGCGGCGUGCACGGAGCUCAUCGAGGCGCUACUGGACUUCCACCACAGUUCAAGAAGUGAUGGCCACUCAGAGAAAUCCGGGGCGGCCCGUGGUGGCCACACAGGCUUCCGGGAUAUUUUCUGCAGGUUGCAGGAGAUGGCCGUGGACCUAGAGCUGGGGCAGGGCCACUUCGUCUUCAGCAUUUUCCGCAGGCGGCUCCAGGCUCUGGCGAGGGAGUGGGACGUGGCCGCCAGCCUUCUGAGGCAGCAGGGGCUGGCGGCGUGCUCCAGGAUCCUCCUCUGCCUGCCUCCAUCUGCCCUCAUCCACAGCGUCCAGACCAAACCACCCGCCGCCCCCAACUGCGAGGACUUCUUCCACCUGGCCAACUCCGAGCUGAGGAACUUCUGCUCCCACGGAGGUGCCCUGACCCGCGACAUCACCCUGCACUUCUUCAGGGGGCUCGCGAGCGCCUGUGUGCACAGUGGAGAUCCUGCCCUGACGGCCAACCUGGCCCUGGCCGAGUGCCAGGCAAGAUGCCCCAUCCUCGUGACUUCUGCUCUGCUGUGGUGGCCGAGCCUGGAGCCCGUGCUGCGUCGGCGGUGGGGCUACUUGCCCCGAGAGCUGCGUAGGCUGCAGGAGUGCCGGCACCAUGCCAACAGCUUCCUCUCCGGUGACACGGUUUCCCCAGCGCCCGGCCCAAACUGGAUGUCGGCUUCUGGCCUGGCCGAGGUGCAUUCGCGCGUCAAAGAGGAUCUGAGGGAACGGCUGAGGACGCUGGACUGCGGGAGCGACGAGCUGUUGCUGUCCCUUUUCUUCUUCUCUGUGAUGGACCUGCUCUGCUCACAUCUGACCCCGAAUGGUGCCAGCGACUCCCUGAAGGCUUUCGGCGUUUGUUCCGAGAUCCUCGCCUCCCUGGGGGAGAGGAAGAUGCCCUGGCUGGCGCUCUUUCAGUUGACGGAGACAGAUGCUGGGCUGGGGCGGGUCCUCCUCCACGUCACCUCAGAACAGCUCCUCCGGAUGCUGCCGUUCGCCUUCUACAGGUACCUCCUCCCCUGCUUCGACAGUGAGGUCGUCCAUAGGGACGAGGCCUUCCUGCGUGUGGCUGCUGACAUGUACCUGAGGCUGGUCCAGCUCUUUGUGGCCGGGGAGACCUGCAUAGCCACAACUCCCCCCCAGCCACAACUACGGCUGGCAGAAAACCAGGGCUCCAGAGCCAGGCAGGUGUUGGGGCCCUGCCUCUGUUGCACUCCCUGGUGUGCGGGCUGUGCCAGGCUGUCCCACCCUGCCCUACCCCUGACUGCUUGUCCUCUCCAGGGCUGCCCUGUGGAGCUGGUAACAGCAGCUCGCUCCUUUCUACUGUGCAUAAUACCCCGGUGCCCGCCAGGGAGCUUCUCAAACAUGGCAGAGCUGCUGGCCGAACGCGGAGACUGCGACCCGGAGGUGAGCGCCGCCCUUCUGAGAAGGCAGCCGGCUCUGCCUGGAGCCGACCUCCCCCAGGAGCCCUGUCUCUUCUGACUGGACUCUCACGUGCACCCGCCC